GCAAACACCCUCUAGCAUAUCGCUCCCCGCAGAGCCGAGCGUAUUAUUGAUCACCUGCAGCCCUCACGCGGAGUUGCAGUAGCAUGUGUAUCACGGUGUACAGGUAGCCAUACGGGCCAGCCGGCCAAUAUUGCAAAUUCCAUAGAUAACGUGGAGAGCCAUGUUUUUACGGUAAUCCCACCGCACCCUGCCGCCUUCCCAAACUCCUGGCAGCCACGAGAUUGCAACUUGCCUCAACAUAUUACGAAGUACCGUAACAGAAUGACUCCCACCCCUGGAACUGAAACUAAUGGCCACGAUCAGCUGGAGAGAAGCCGAUCUCGAUCAUUUGUAGGUAUUUUGUGUGUGUGUGUGUGUGGUUCAAGCCUCCAAUACGACGCGAAGAAGGGCAGCCGUGUGCCGAGUUCGCGGUUCAGUCAAGAUGACCUGGACUCGGUAUGCCGGUCGUUUCUUGUGGCUGUAGCCCCCACUCGGAAGAGAUUGAUUGAAGACGAGGAUACAGAUGGGGACAAACAAAUCUCGAUAGAUGAUAAGGGUCCAAAGCUCAUUCGGGUCGGCAGUCUCAGCUCUGCAGGGCAUCACAAAUACGAAGUACGCGGCGCUUAUGCCGUUUCCAACCUCCUGCAGGCGGUGACGGCCGCCAACGAGAAGGGGUGCCUUGAAUUGGUCAUCCAGCACUCGAGUCUAUACGAGGACCCGGUGAAGCGACUCUGCCGGCUCGUCAGCCAAGUCUUCUGGCCAGGGUUGACAAGACGGUUAGAUGCCGAUGUCAUUGGUCUGGCCACCAAAGACGACAAAGUACCGACCGAUGACGCCAGGCCACGUAUUUACGUGCCGGCCGAAGCCCGCUCGCAGCUCGAGUACUAUUCACGCAUCGCUGAACAGAAGCGUGAUCUCGAGCUCCAGGUUGUGCCCCUACCCCACGUCAUAACGGACGAAACAUAUCGCAUCCUCAUCAAGAAGCCUGGCCUGUUCGCCUUGGACACCGAGGAAUAUGUCGAUCCGGCGACCGGGGCCAUCGAGUCUCGAGCAGUGCCCUUCGUUGUGCCUGGAGACCGCUUCAACGAGUUCUUCGGCUGGGACAGUCACUUCAUCGGCCUGGGUCUGCUGUCCAACGCCCGCAUCGACCUCGUGAGGGGCAUAAUCCGAAACUGGAUUUUCGAGAUUCAGCACUACGGCCUGAUCCCCAACGCCAACCGCUCCUACUUGGCCCUACGCUCGCAGCCCCCCUUCCUCACCGACCUCUCCAUUCGUCUUUACGAGGCUACCCGGGAUGCGCCCGACGCGAAGCCCUUCCUCAGACGAGGCAUACAGGCCGCCAUCAAGGAAUACCACUCCGUCUGGGUGACGUCGCCGCGACUCGAUCCCGCCACCGGCCUCUCCAAGUACCAACCAGCCGGGUACGGCAUCCCGCCCGAAGUCGAACCUGACCACUUCGCCCACGUCCUCAAGCCGUACGCAGCCAAGUACGACAUGUCACUGGAGAGCUUUGUCCUCCAGUACAACGAAGGCCUGAUCAAAGAGCCGAAACUUGAAGAGUACUUCCAGCACGACCGAGGCGUGCGCGAGUCUGGCCAUGAUACAUCAUGCCGCCUUGAGGGUCGCUGCAGCAACCUUGCCAUCAUCGACCUCAAUUUCCUGCUGUAUAAAUACGAGACCGACAUCGGGCAUGUCAUUGAGACUGUCUUCAAAGGCGACUUUGAAAUAUGUCCCGAUUUUGCUCUCCCGACCUCCGAUGUCGAUGUCCAUGCCAAUACUUGGCGCGAACGAGCUGAGAAGCGUAGGGAGGCUAUCGAUAAGUUCCUUUGGAACGAGGAGAAGGGGAUGUACUUUGAUUAUGAUGUCGUCGAAAAGUCGCAGAUCACCUCCGAGUCUGUAACCUGUCUCUGGGCUCUCUGGUGCGGCGUUGCUUCCCCGCACCAAGCCGAGGUGCUCGUCCGCCGCGCGAUUCCCAAAUUCGAAUGUCCCGGCGGCUUGUCAGUGACGAGCGAGGCGACGGUGCGGCAGGCCGAGAGAUUCGGACACCAUCAGUGGGAUUAUCCUUUCGGGUGGGCACCGCACCAGAUCAUGGCCUGGGAUGGGCUGGUGAAGUACGGGUACGGGGAUCACGCGACCCGGUUGGCGUAUCGGUGGUGCAGGACCAUUAUGAAGGUUUUCGUGGAUUAUAACGGGGCCGUGGUGGAAAAGUACAAUGUGGUUAAGGAGAGGGAUCCGCAUAGAGUCGAUGCCGAGUAUGGGAAUCAGGGGGUUGAGUUUGAUGGCUAUGCGCAUGAAGGGUUUGGUUGGACCAAUGCCAGCUUCGUCCUUGGUCUGUCGUACCUCGACCGUUACAUGCAGAGGGCGCUGAGUGUCUGCGCCCCGUACGAAGCAUUAACAGGCAAGUCUUCGGGGCGUCGCAAACAUGAUUAGCGCUCCGGAACAUGUGGAAGACGUGUAAUAAUCACUUAGAUCCCAUUAAUUAUUGGGGGCUUGUUUCCUUUCGCACAUGUGUCACUGACGAUUCAGUGCUCUCCUGUUUCACUU